AUGAAUCUUUUGGUUAAAGGUUCUCUUGUGAAUAUUGGACUUAGGAGUGGAAUUCUGCGAAGAUCAAUUAAGAGGUGCUUUAAGAUGGAAGCCCUGAAUAAUCAAAAUAUAGAGGAUAGUAAGAAGAGACAAGCUCUUCAAAAGAAUAACCAACCUCUGAAGAAAAGACCAAAGUUGAAAAGAUAUAAGGCAAAGAAAGUUGAUCCAACAUCUCCACUUGGUGUUUUACAAUUUGAAAUCGAUGAGUUACUGAGGGAGAACAACUUAGAAAAGUCUCAAGUGGAAAACGAUGUCACUGCCAUCCUUAAUGAUACAUCUUUCGUUACAGGACCCAUUGCAUCUAAAUACCAUAGGGAGGUGUCAGAUGUUAAGGUCUUGAAAUUGGGAUCGAAUGGUGAUGGUCUAGCUAUCAUUCCUAAUCCAGUGGAAACAGACAAAAAGCAAGUGGCUAUUGUUCCGUUUGGGCUUCCUGGUGAUCUGGUUAGAAUAAAAGUGUUCAAGACACACCCUCUAUAUGUCGAAUCUGAUCUGUUAGAUGUCAUAGAGAAAUCGCCAAUCAGAAAAGAUGAGCUUAUUAAAGACAAGUAUUUUGGGAAGUACUCCGGUAGUCAAUUUGAGUUCCUGGACUAUUCAGAGCAAUUGAAGAUAAAGAAAUCUACCAUUGCCAAUGCUUAUAAACAUUUUGCACCAUUGCUUUUAGCAGAAUCUUUAGUACCAGAGAUCAGCGACACAGUUGCGUCACCAUUGCAGUAUGGUUAUAGAACAAAGAUCACUCCACAUUUUGAUAUGCCUCAUAAGGUCAAGCAAUUGGAAGUUAGACCACCUUUAGGAUUUGGUCAAAAGGGUAGGCCCAAAUGGAGAAAGGAGACGUUAGAAGUGGGUGGCACUGGGCCGAUUCUAGAUAUUGAGGAAUGUGCCUUGGCAACAGAUAUAUUGAACAAAGGUCUGUCUAAUGAAAGAGCCAGAUUUGAAAAAGAGUUCAAGAAUUACAAGAAAGGUGCCACAAUUCUUUUAAGAGAGAACACAAUCAUACUGGAUCCUUCUAAGCCCACGGAGGAGCAGUUAGAGGAAGGAUCUAGAGAUGAAAAUGGCGAUAUAAGUUUUAUUGAAGUUACAGAUGAAACUACGGGUGUGAAGCUUGCAAAGACAUGUGUUACAAACACAAGGCAGAUCGUAACAGAAUACGUUGAUGGCUACACUUUCAAAUUUAGCGCUGGUGAGUUCUUCCAGAAUAACAAUUCUAUCCUGCCGUUAGUUACCAAGUAUGUACGCGAUAACCUGCAGCUUGGUAAUGGGGACAAGCCGCGUUAUCUGGUAGACGCCUACUGUGGCUCUGGUCUCUUCAGUAUCUGUAGUUCUAAAGGUGUUGACAAGGUUAUUGGUGUUGAGAUUUCAGCUGAUAGUGUUUCCUUCGCGGAGAGAAACGCCAAGAACAAUGGCGUUGAGAAUUGUAAAUUCAUUGUAGGUAAAGCAGAGAAGCUGUUUGAAUCCAUCGACACACCUGCGGAUUCAACCUCUGUGAUCCUAGAUCCACCACGUAAAGGUUGUGACGAGUUGUUUUUGAAACAACUAGCUGCUUACAACCCAGCUAGGAUUGUGUACAUAUCCUGUAACGUACACUCACAGGCAAGAGAUGUCCAGUAUUUCUUAAAGGACACACCAGAAGGUAAGAAUUAUAGAGUCGAGAGCAUAAGAGGGUUCGACUUCUUCCCACAAACCCAUCACGUCGAAUCGGUUUGUGUGUUAUCGAGAGUUUAA